AUGCCGACCCCCAGCGUGGGCGCGCAUGGCUGCGCCUGCUGCCAGAACUGGGAGGCGCUGCGGCGCGAGGUCCGCACAGAGAUGGGGCGGCUGGCCAGGCGCCUGGACCGGAUACAGGAGCGGAUUGGUAUGACACCGGAGGUGUCGGAACUGAAAGUCUGCUUGGAGUUGGACGAGGGCAACGAGGGCAACGAGGGCAACGAAAACAGCGAGUGCAACAAGGGCAAAGAGGACUCUGGGAGGCCGGAGGCCCGCGACGCAGUCAGCCCGCGCCGCAGCUCUUUGACCAGCGUGGAAAACAACAACAACACUCCGCGCAGCGCGCGGGACAAAGGAACCGGCUUUGUGCACUUCGGGGAGAGCGCCUGGAGCUUCCCGGUUGUCAUCGGCCUGGCGAAGGCUGCGGGGUCCUGGGACGUCUUCUUCGCCGUGCUGAUUCUGCUGCUGAACCUGGGGAUGCAGGUCAUGUUCUCCUACAUCAUCCUGGGGGAGGACUUCAUGGGCCAGGAGUUCACCGUGGAGGUGGGCCAUGCGAGGCGCUGGCGCACCGCCUUCGCGCACGACUACAAGUAUCUGGACCUUGCUGGCACCAGUUUGGUGACGCGGGUCUGCAGCGGCGACGGGACUUUGAUCCUCUCCAGCCAGCAGAAGAGCCUGGUGGAUGACAUCAACAGCUUCCUGGGCUUGCAGCAGUCACAGUUCGAGGUUGGCUGGUUCCAGCCCGGAGUGCUGCUCUGCAUGCUGUGCAUCCUUCUCUGGAGCUUUUGCGUCUUCAAGGAGCUGCGGAGUGUGUGGCUCUCCGUGGAGGCCAUCCUGCACAUCCCCCGCGGCAAGCGCACGAUCUUCCAGGAGGACGCCUUCCAGGGCAUCUCCAAGGUCAGGUUCAAAAUGCUGAUGUUCACAUUUCUCAUCCGCACCUGCAUCGCGCUGCUACUCCUCAUAGCCGGCAUCCGGUGGCUGGCAAGAACCACCUCAAUCACCGAGUGCAUGCUCAAUGCCGUGGCCUUGAACGCCAUUCUCGACGUGGACGAGUUCCUUUUCGCAGCCUUCACGCCCGUUUCCAUCCAGCUGGCCGUGCAAAAUCUGGAGCCCAUCGCCGUGAAGUACAGCACCCGGCGCAGCCAGCGGGAGUCCAUGUUCUUGUUCAUUGUGCUCGUGACCACUGUCCUCCAAGUGUACUUGCAAUACAUGGACCCCCUAGUGCAGACCAUGAUGGAGGUGAAGCGGGAGAUGUGCUACGGCAACCAGACCUUCGUGGUGGCACAGAAUGAGAUAACACAGGUCAUAUUGGGGCAGACGACGGCAAGUGGCGCAGGCAGCAUGACCGUGACCGAGCUGGCAGUGCAAGAGCACAAGUUUCUGUCACCAGGGGAGCUGCCGAAGUUCAUCACCUUCACUGAGUCAUCACGCUUCGAAGAAGAGAGGAGCCACUCCAUGGAGAAGGAGGCGGAUGCAUUCAGCCUGUGCAUCGAGACGGAGCACCUGCAUCCAUCAGGCAGCAUUUACGGCGACCCCGUGAUGGUCGAGAUUGUGCAGACCCGUUUGCACGCAGCGGCGGCGAUGGUUGGUGCAGACAUGGCAAAUGUCAGCUGCCCCGCCCUCGCAGCGUACUGCGACCGCUGGGAUGCGCGCCUGCUGCGGCUCAUCUGUGCGGACACCUGCGGAUGCACUUCGGGCAACUCCUCCGCUUGGUUCAAGGUUCCAGCGCAGGGCUGCGCACCGAGCUGCUUGAAUCUGGCGCGCGUGGAGACCUGCACAGACAUGCCGCCGGAGUCCCCGACCUGGCAGCACUUCUGGGAUAGCUACGUCUCGGUUCUCUCGCAGGUCUAUGCGAUUGACUUGGAGCGGACCACGCUGUACCCUGCGGUGAUGUCGGUUGUGAGCGUCAUGAAGGCGGAAGGCUGCCGUGCUUUGACCUUUCCGGGCUUGUCCCUACAGUUGGGCAGCCAGCAGACCUGGUGCGAGGGCAGCGUCGAGUUGUUCCGGCCGCUGGCCUGGGUCUGCCCCGAGACCUGCGGGUGUCUGUCCGCAUCCCCGCCGAGCUACUGCCCCAGCUGCAACUCUACGCCAACGAUCCGUGUUGGCGCCAUGCCGAUCCCCUCCGGGAGCUUCCUGGACGGCAACGCGAACUUCGACUUCGAGCCGGCCACCACCGCUGCGCUGGCGCAGCUGCGGAAGGAGUUCGCGGCAGAGGUGGCGCGCCUGGAGACGCGCCUGGAGCAACUGGAGGAACAGAAACCAUGGAAGAUUGAGCAGCGCAACAGCCAGCUGAGCCAGGAAAACGAGGUGAACGUCGCCGUGAACCCCAAUGCAAGCACGGCUUCCAGCAAUACUACGCACGAGAAAGGCACUGGUUUCGUGCAUUUUGGGGAGAGCGCCUGGAGCUUCCCAGUGGUCGUCGGCCUGGCGAAGGCCGCCGGGCCCUGGGACAUCUUCUUCGCCAUCGUGCUUUUGCUUCUCAACGUGGGAAUGCAAGCCAUGUUUUCCUACAUCAUCAUUGGUGAGGAUUUCAUGGGCAAGGACUUCGGCAUUGAGCUGGUCAAAGCGCGUCAGUGGCGAACGAGCUUUGCUCAUGACCACAAGCACCUGGACCUAGCGGGCAGCAGCUUGGUGACUCGUGUUUGCAGCGGAGAAGGUGCUCUCAUCCUCUCCACCAUGCAGACCAGCCUCAUCGAGGACAUCAACAGCUUCCUGGGCUUGAAGCAGGGCCAGUUUCAGCCGGGCUGGUUCCAACCGGGGGUGCUGCUGAAUUUGCUUUGCAUCCUCCUGUGGAGCUUUUGUGUCUUCAAGGAGUUGCGGAGUAUUUGGCUGCUGUGGGAGGCGACGAACAAACUCAAGCGCACGCGCCGCACGAUUUUGCAGGACAACGUGUUCCACGGGCUCUCCUGGGCCCGCUUUAGGCUCCUGCACUUGACCUUGUUCUUGCGUUUUUCUGUGGCUUCCGUGCUCCUUGGUGCUGGAAUUCGGUGGCUUGCGCGGACAACCUCCAUCACAGAAUGCAUGCUCAACGCGGUGGCCUUGAACGCAAUCCUGGACGUGGACGAGUUUCUGUUCGCGGCGUUUACGCCUGUCGCCAUCCAACUUGCCGUGCAAAAUCUUGAGCCAAUAAAGGUCAAGUAUACUGCGCGCCGCAGCCAGAUUGAGUCCCUGGUUUUGUGCCUGCUUUUGUCAAUCACGAUCAUCACGUCGUACUUCAAUCUUUUGCGACCCCUGGCAGACACCAUGGUGGCUGUGAAGCAGGAGUUCUGCUUUGGGAACCAGACCUUCGUGGUGUCUCAGAACCCCAACAGCGGCCUGGUGGUAGGCAUGGCCACGGUGGCAGAAAGGACGGGGCAACUUUCAGUGGUGGAGCAGGCAGUGGAGUACCACAAGUUUUCGGAUGCGUCGGAGCUCCCUUACCUCAUCUCCUUUGCAGCACCAGGACAAUUCAACAAGCAGGUGACUGAUAGCAUGGAGACCCAGGCCCAGGAUCUGAUCCUUUGCAUGGAGACGGAUUUUUUUACAGAGGGCGGCCAGUGGUAUCAAGACCCGCUGAUGGCAAGCCUCAUCCUCCCGCAGCUGCGCACUGCUGGGAGGCUGGUGGGGCAUCCCUCCGAAGACUGCGCCAGCCUGGCGCCGUUCUGCAACCAGCGGGAGGGGCGAAUGGUGCGGAUGGUGUGUGGAGACACUUGCGGAUGCACGCAAACGAACUCGUCAGCUUGGUACAAGGUGCCGGCGGAGGGGUGCCAAAAUGCCUGCUUGGCGCGCGCCUACGCGCAGUUGGCCCACAAGCCUUGCAGAGACCAAGUUGAUCAAGCUUGGUUCCAGUUCUGGGACGACUACAUCGAUGUGAGUGGCGCUUUCGUGGGCCAAAACCUAACGGCAUCGGACAUGUAUCCGACGAUUCUGCAACUGACUCAAGUGCUGAAGGCGACCGGAUGCGCGGGCCUUUAUCACCCCAUCAUCGUCGGCCAGUGGGGUGCAACCUACUUCUGCGCGGGGGAUCCGGAGCGGUUCCGGCCCUUGGCCUGGACCUGUCCGGAGACCUGCGGCUGCCUGGCCGCCAGCCCCCCCAGCUACUGCCCCGCGAGCUGCUCCAAUAGCACGCGCUGA